AUGUUGAAAAUCAUGUGGCCGGUUGUCACAGGUGAUAAGAUGAUCCCAAUCGCGAAACAUCCAGAGGCAAAAAAUGUCAACAUGGAGAUGGCACAACAUAACAUACACUGCAGAUAUCAAACUAAAACAGUUGGAGAGCCGAGUUUGCCUCUAUACCAGUUACCAGUUGAAGUUGGAGAUGAAUUCGAUGCGCGCACAACGGUAGUGAUUUACGUAGAGGUACACCAAAGAGCGAAGUACGAUACGGGGCAGAGAUGGGAUAGGGAGGGACAAAAGCAAAAGCGAGAGCGAUCAGACAGCAACAGGACGAGUUUCCGAAUGAGCGUGAGAGGAAGACAAGAGACUGCCUUCUUCCAAGUCGGAGGGAAAAGGAAGAAAAGGAACGGAGAUGAUUGA